AUGGCACCGACGAAGUAUGUUGAUCGCCCUGUGCCGACAAUCUCCCUCCGCGACUUCGACGCGCGCAUCGAUGUGAUUACACAGGAACUCGUCGAUGCUGCAGAGAACCACGGCUUCUUCUGCAUCGUGGACCACGGCAUAACACGUGACGCUGUCGACGGCAUCUUCAAUCAGUCAGCGCGUUUCUUCAAUCAGCCCGAUCCCGUGAAAUCGCAAGUGCCAUUCUCCCCUCAACACAACGCCGGAUGGGAGAAGAAUGCUCAAAUCCGGCCAUCUACUGGUGCAGUCGACCGCAAAGAGUCUUAUCAAAUGCAAUUUGGCGAAGGAAUGAACGGUCGAUGGCUGAGUGAUCAGACCCUUCCGGGGUUCCGAGCAGAGGCUUUGGGGUUCAUGCACAGAGUACAGGCAGUUAGCGAGAGGCUCAUGAGGUGCUUGGCGCGAGGGUUGAACUUCGAGGAAGAUUACUUCGUCAAAGCUCACGACGUCAGCCGACCAGAAUCUCAGACUGUCUGCCGAUUACUACAUUACUUUGAGACUCCACAAGUGCCAAAUCCAACAGGAGAGGUGCAUCAUCGAGCGGGCGCACACGCCGACUGGGACUUCUUGACUCUGCUGUUCCAGAAAGCAGGGCAGUCUGGUCUUGAGAUAUGUCCGGGGCGGGAAGUAUCCACUUCGUUCGGGUACGGGGAUGCGUGGACCAAGGUUGAGCCGGACGCCGACAAGAACGCAAUCGUCUGCAAUGUCGGCGACCUCCUUAUGUCGUGGUCUGACGACCGCUUCAAGUCGACAUUCCAUCGUGUCAAGGCUCCAUGUGAGCCUGAUGACUUCUACGGCGAGCGCUACAGCAUCGCCUUCUUCAACCAGCCGUGCAAAGAUGCCAAGAUCCAGGGUCCACUGAAGAAGUAUCCAAUGGUGACGGGUGAGGAGUUCACUAGGAAUGCCAUGAGCCGAAAUUAUCAGGCUAUACAAGAUAAGUUGAGGAAAGAGAAGGAGCCGGCGGUAACGGUUGUCGAGGUCGAUGUGAUGGCAGCUCCGGCUAGUGCUACCGCGUGA